AUUUUUACUUGGCCAUGACAUUGAUUUUGGUCAUAUGGAAGCUGUGAAUCUUCUGUCAUCUAACAAAUACUCAGAAAAACAAAUUGGAUACCUGUUUAUAUCAGUUCUAGUCAACACUAACAGUGAGCUCAUAAAGUUGAUCAUUCAGAGUAUAAAGAAUGACCUGGCAUCGAGAAAUCCUAUUCACGUUAACUUGGCUCUGCAAUGCAUUGCCAAUAUUGGAAGUCGAGAAAUGGCAGAAGCUUUCGGAAAUGAUAUUCCCAAGCUGCUGGUAUCAGGAGAUACAAUGGAUGUCGUCAAGCAGAGCGCAGCUCUCUGUUUGUUGCGAUUGUUCAGAACAUCGCAGGAGAUAAUUCCAGGCGGGGAAUGGACUUCUCGCAUCAUACAUUUACUCAACGAUCAACAUAUGGGGGUCGUAACAGCAGCUACAAGUCUGAUUGAUGCCUUGGUCAAGAAAAAUCCAGACGAAUAUAAGGGAUGUGUUCCCCUUGCAGUUUCCAGGCUCAGCAGGAUUGUUACAGCAAGUUAUACAGACCUACAAGAUUACACAUACUAUUUUGUUCCAGCACCUUGGCUCUCUGUCAAACUUUUACGUUUACUGCAGAAUUACACUCCACCAGCUGAAGACCCUGGCGUAAGGGGAAGACUUAACGAAUGCCUAGAAACAAUUUUGAAUAAAGCCCAGGAACCACCAAAAUCGAAGAAAGUCCUAGACUAAUACUCAAAUGUCUAUAGCCUUAUUAGCUCACUUCGUACCGCACUUUCAACUAGACUAGCCUCAUCUGCCUGUUUUGAAGCUAAUUUGCUAGUGAGAGCUUGCAAUCAGCUUGGUCAGUUUUUGAGUAACAGAGAAACCAACCUGAGGUAUUUAGCGCUAGAGUCGAUGUGCCAUCUGGCUACCUCAGAAUUUUCACACGAAGCUGUCAAGAAGCACCAGGAGGUUGUAAUCCUGUCCAUGAAAAUGGAAAAAGAUGUGUCCGUACGGCAGCAGGCAGUAGAUUUGUUAUACGCUAUGUGCGACAAAAGCAAUGCUGAAGAAAUCGUACAAGAGAUGCUGAAUUAUCUGGAAACUGCCGAUUAUUCAAUAAGAGAGGAGAUGGUUCUCAAAGUGGCCAUUCUUGCAGAAAAAUAUGCGACUGAUUAUACAUGGUAUGUAGAUGUAAUUUUGAACUUGAUAAGAAUAGCUGGAGACUAUGUAUCAGAAGAAGUCUGGUAUCGUGUCAUACAGAUAGUGAUAAACAGAGACGAAGUCCAAGGGUAUGCUGCAAAAACUGUAUUCGAAGCUUUGCAGGCUCCAGCUUGUCACGAGAAUAUGGUGAAAGUGGGUGGCUACAUUCUUGGUGAAUUUGGCAACUUGAUUGCAGGAGAUCAAAGAUCUUCCCCUUCGGUUCAGUUCCAACUGCUUCAUUCCAAAUACCAUCUCUGUUCCCCCAUGACCCGUGCGUUACUGCUUUCUACGUACAUCAAAUUCAUAAACUUAUUUCCUGAAAUACGAACCCAGGUACAGGAGGUGUUCAAACAGCAUAGCAACUUACGCUCCGCAGAUGCCGAGCUGCAACAGAGAGCGUCAGAAUACUUGCAGCUGAGUAUCAUUGCUAGUUCUGAUGUACUCGCUACGGUUCUCGAGGAGAUGCCGGCCUUUCCAGAAAGAGAAAGCUCUAUUCUUGCUGUGCUGAAGAAGAAGAAGCCCGGAAGAGUGCCAGAAAAUGAAAUAAAGGAAAAUAAGAGUCCUACUCCAGUUACCAAUCAUACCAAUGAUGUAAACAACACCAACACCAACUCAGCAGACCUCUUGGGACUAUCGACACCUCCUACUUCUCAGCCAAAUUCUGGCAACACAGGCGUGCUUCUUGAUGUCUUAGGCGAUAUUUAUAGUGGAAAACCGAUUAACAAUAACGGUACCGUGUCCUCCAAUAAGAAUUGGAUUGUUGACCCUAAGAAAUUUGUUUGUAAAAAUAACGGCGUUCUGUUUGAAAAUGACCUGAUCCAAAUCGGAGUCAAAAGUGAAUUUCGCCAGAAUUUGGGACGUCUUGGACUAUUUUAUGGGAACAAAACAAGUGCGCCUUUACAAAACUUUAUUCCUACGUUAUUGUGGCCAGAAGAAAACGUUUCUAAAAUGAGUAUACAAAUGAAACCAGUUGAACCGGUAUUGGAAGCAGGAGCUCAAAUACAGCAGAUGAUAAACGCCGAAUGUAUUGAUGAUUAUACAGAUGCUCCUAGUAUAGUGAUUAACUUUGUAUGUAAUAAGGUCCCGCAUAAAAUAAGCAUAAAACUUCCCCUUACCAUAAAUAAGUUUUUCGAACCAACCGAGAUGAACGGCGAGUCAUUUUUCGCUAGGUGGAAAAAUCUUGGAAAUACCAACCAGCAAAGGUCUCAGAAAAUAUUCAAAGCUUCAGCACCUAUGGAUCUUCAGGCAGCCAGAACAAAGAUAAUGGGUUUUGGAAUGCAGCUUCUAGACGGCAUCGACCCAAAUCCUGAUAAUUUUGUUUGUGCAGGUAUUAUUCACAUGCGAUCACAGCAAGUGGGAUGUCUUCUACGCUUGGAACCUAACAAAAAUGCUCAGAUGUACAGGUUAACUGUUCGGUCAAGUAAAGAGGCCGUUUCUGUCGAAUUGUGUGAUCUCCUAGCUGAUCAGUUUUAAGCGACGUGGAAGGGUCAUAGAAAAUGUGUGCAUUCCACUAGUUCAUAAAUGUAAAUGAUCAUCUUUUAUAAUUUUAAAAGUGCUAUAUUUUGUAGUUGUCCUUGAAGCUUUAUCAAAUCGUGUCGCAAAUAUAAUUUAGUAGCAGUGGUACAACCUCCUGAUAUUAGAUCUAAAACAGCUGUUACUAUGUGGUAACAUUUGUUGUGUUUUGUUGUCAUCCAGAUUUAGUUAGUCAUUCCUAGUUAGUUAUUCACUAUCUCUGCGUGCGGGAAUGACGAAUCUGGAAUAGGUUUAGUAUGAACAAAACAAACCUAUUGCACGGGUUAAAUCAGGGUCAAAAAGUUGAUGUCUCCCUCUGUUUGAUGGGCAAUUCAUAUACCAUUUGAGUUGUUCAAAUAACAGUGCUUGUGUGUAUAAAUGAAUGGCAAUGGUCUCUCCCCUAAUUUGAUUUGUCUUUAUAUACAUAAAUCCAGUAGAGAAACUUCACAGUCUAAUAUAAAUAUUCGUUUCAGAAAUAUAUUUUCAAAAUGUAUAGGUUAGGUAUAGUUGUUCUUCUAAUCAGUUGAAUGUUUCAUUGGUCCAUAGUUACAAUGUUAUUAUAAGAUAUCUUUCGAAAUAAUCUACUCGAAAUUCCUUGUGAAACGAAUAAGGAAAAAUAAGUACACAAUGCAAAUGAAUCUUCUUGCUUGGUGACCAAAUAGCGUUACAACUCUAAAAUGAUUUUGAUAUAUUCAUUAAUAGUAUAAUGUUAUUUUUCUGGUACUUUGACACUAAUCUUUGUUCCACUGUUACCAAUGAGACAAUAUAACAAAAUGUGUGUGUGAUGUUCACUUGUAUAUUUCUAGAAAUAUAAUAUAUUGAUUUUAUUCGC